AUAACAAAUAUAGGUCGGUAAUGUGAGGGUUGCUUUUGUUGUCUUUGUCUGAAUUUUGUACUCGUCUUUUUAUUAUUUCCCGGCGAAGAGAAGACAAAAUGCAAAUUUUCGUUCUAUCAACUCUUUGAUUUGCUAUCUUUUCUCCCAAAAAUAACGGGAGGAAAACAACAAUGACACAAAAACACCAUUUUCCACGGGUAUAAAGCUAAAUUGUUAUUUUCUCGGUUGCCACCUGUUUUAUUUUCAUUGUUAUAUAUCGUCCCAAUUGUAUUGAAAUAUUAAUGCAUGUACGCUAAAUGUCGACGCACGGCUAUACCAUAGUGGAGCUGUUUUCUUCCAAUGGAUCGAUAUUUUCCUUACCUGGUUGUAGCUGAGUAUGAUUAUAAACUCAGCUGAUAUACUCCACAAGCUCUCUUGGAAAUCUAAACAGCAGAAACGUAUAUCGUAUAUAUUAGAACUCCACGGGUAAAAUGGGUGUGGCAACCAGACUGAAAUUCACUCUGGUUGCAGUAUCAAUAGCGUUUGUUCUGAAAGUGAUUAUAUUCUUUAGCCCAGGCUGGGCCAUCGUAAAAAUUCACUUCCCUGAAAGGAUUGCUGGGGAUUUGAUGGAGGAGUCGUUUGAACAAAGUAACUCCGUUGACCGGGACCCCGGGAAGCCGAUUGCCAUGCCGUACAAUAAAGACGGUAUCGCGGAGGGGCAUCGCCUGUCUAUCUCCAUGGGGCUGUGGUACUUCGUCACCUGUGACUACAACAAGCAGUCGGGGUCUCACUUCUACAAAGAGUGUUUCCACUCCACUUAUUCUUCAGCCCAGAGGGAGAUGGACAGACUCCCAAACAAGACACCAUUUGUCAGGGCGACAUAUCAGAAGAUUCACUAUGUGGCGAAAUUUGGUCUGCUGGAGUUUCAGAUAGAAACGACAUUGGGCGUUAUCUGUAGUGUGCUAGGGGUAAUCGCCACGGCGCUGUACUAUAGGACAGAAGGAGGCAAGCGACGGGUGGGGAUAGCGGCCUGUGUCUCAUGCCUAAUGGCCGGGGUCUUUUUCUGGAUUGCUGUUGGAAAAAUUUCCAUGAGCCUGUUCCACCUCCAUGAAAUGAUCAACAUGUAUUAUGGAGGCAACAUGUAUGGUAUAUACGUACCCAUCCCAUGGUGCCUCGUUCUGGGGGCAAUUACCUCGUCCAUCUUCCUGGCAUGCGCAGUUGUCCAUCUUUUCAUAGUAUCACGAGACCCAUACGACAAGAAGAAAGCCUCGGUGUAUUCCACCUCCUCGGGAAAAAGCAGCUCCGCGAUUCCUGUAGUUACCACAGGGUUUUAUCCAAUCGAAAAGACUGACCUCCCGCCGUUUGAGGUCAACUUCAAUGAGGAGCUUGGUCCAGCGCCACCCCUCCCAACAAAGCAAAAACUCUGAGGAAAAUGGCAAAAAUUGUUUGAGAUGUUUCUUUUCAAUUCUUUUGUGUCACCCUGUUUUCCUUUAAUGAUAACGGAAUUCUAAGAACUUUUAUAGGUAGUGUUCAGUGGUAGAAAUCUCAGAGUCAGCAAUACAGAAAAAAUCGUGGUUACCAUAGUGAAACAAAGCUGUUUACCAAACGAAACAAUUCUAGAUCUGCGCAUGGAAUUUUGUUUUCUUUAACUGAACGAUCAUUAAAACAUUUAUUCACAAGUCCCUUUCUUCUUCAGACAAAAUCUAGUUUAGAAAUGUGUGUACAUUUGCUUUUAAUAAAAGUCACAAAGAACA